CCACAUAUAAGAGAAUGAGUAGUGGAGGCAGCCUGACAGACCUGAUGGUGGAGGAGAGGAGGAGUGCUGAAGCGCAAGAGGUUCAUCUCCAUCUUCUUCUGGAGCACUUUUUAUUUGUGGGAAUUAAACUCUGCUCCGGAUGACUGAUGAUCAAAAGGACAUUCCCCGCUGAUGACAGUGAUGGAGAACGAGACGUGGCCGCACUCUUCAUACAUCCCCCAUUAUCUCCUCCGUGGUGACCCUUUUGCCUCAAAACUCUCCAGAGAGGCGGAUAUCGUUGCAGCUUUUUACAUCUGUAUCAUAGGAGUCUUGUCUGCAACAGGGAAUGGCUAUGUCAUUUAUAUGACCAUCAAGCGGAAGACUAAGUUGAAGCCUCCUGAGCUCCUGACUGUAAAUCUCGCCAUCUUUGACUUUGGCAUAUCAGUUACAGGAAAGCCCUUUUUCAUUGUAUCUAGUUUCUCUCACCGCUGGUUGUUUGGCUGGGAGGGUUGUCGUUUCUACGGCUGGGCGGGCUUCUUCUUCGGCUGCGGAAGCCUCUUCACGAUGACUGUGGUCAGUCUGGACCGGUACCUCAAAAUCUGCCAUCUCAGUUAUGGCACAUGGCUAAAACGCCAUCAUGCCUUCCUGUGCCUGGCCUUCGUGUGGCUGUAUGCAGCUUUCUGGGCCACCAUGCCCCUGAUCGGCUGGGGAAGUUACGCCCCGGAACCCUUCGGAACCUCCUGCACAUUGGACUGGUGGCUUGCACAGGCCUCGGUAUCUGGCCAGAGCUUCGUCAUGUCCAUCCUUUUCUUCUGUCUCAUCCUCCCUACAGGCAUCAUUGUCUUCUCCUACGUCAUGAUCAUCUUCAAGGUCAAGUCUUCUGCAAAGGAGAUUUCCCACUUUGACGCCCGCUUCAGAAAUAACCACAACCUUGAGAUGAAACUCACAAAGGUGGCAAUGCUGAUCUGUGCAGGCUUCUUGAUAGCCUGGAUUCCUUAUGCAGUUGUGUCAGUGGUGUCAGCAUUUGGUGAGCCAGACUCAGUCCCCAUCGCUGUGUCUGUUGUUCCUACACUGCUGGCAAAGUCCUCAGCCAUGUACAACCCAAUCAUCUACCAGAUCGUGGACCUGAAAAACUCCUCUACAGUGUCCUCCUGUUUUAGGUUCCUGAAGGAACGCAGGCAUUUUAGAACGUCAAGGUUCUACACUAUCACUGGCUCAUUAAGGGACCCUCCACCAGCCAAAGAAGCUGACAGCGAGAUGUAGACAAGACACUUUAGACUUUGUGAUCCUCUUACCUCUUCUGCUUUGGACAGUUUCCCUCGUUCCCUGUCCUCCGUGCCCUUCACUUACACAAUCACACGCUGCCUGUCACCUGCUAUGACUUCAUCAACCGUGGUGGUUUCAGAGUCUCGCUACUUGUUUUUGCACCCGCGCUGGAUAUCUGUGCAUUUCCCACAGCUCCUCACCUCCCCUUCCUCGGAAACACAUCAUUUCCCUACGAGGUUUUCCUUAAUCUGUGGAGCUGCAUUAUCUUUACAGUGGUUAUAACAUACAAGUGACGUGUUGUGUGAGCUCUGUGACGCACUUUCUGCCAAUGCUAUGAAACUACACUAAUACAGCUCGAACUUUGCCAUCAAAGUCACGUGUCAUCUAGGACAUUUUGUCUAUCAAAAUUCUGUAAACUGCAGCACAAACACUUAAUUUAUGUUCGACAAGCUGAACUGCAAAUUAAAAGAGAAAACCAUCACCCUGACAUGAGUCAUAUCAAAUCAGGUUUGGGUGUACCAGUCAAGCUCUAAGUUGUAUUUUUACUGUUUGUACAGGUUGUUGUCAUUCGUAUUUCCUUACCUGUGGUUUGUACGGUACACCAGAGAUAUACUCCAGAAGGCACUGAAUCACUUAAUUGCACACAAAGAAGUAUUAUGUGACUUUAAUCAGGCAAGGUGAGACUUAAAAAAAUUGCAUUUACAGGGUAUUAAAAUUUUGCAGCCAAUUAAGCUUAUUUGUUCCGGAGACGAGGAUUCUGAAGUGAGCAAAACCCUUCACAAGUAAACACACAAAGGAUGGGUGCACUUUACAUGUGCUCUUGCAUUGCUACACACAGUCAUUCUUUUGCAAAUUGGGAGGCAGAUAUUCCCGAAUCAUUUUUUAAAAUCCAUUUAUUGUUGGUCUGUUGUCUGUUUUUAUUUCUUGCCACAACCAUAAGGUUUCCAUGAUGCAUUCAAGAAAUAGUUUGACAUUUUGGAAAAAUAUGAUGAGAGCGAUAACUCUGCUACAACCGGCAAGGCAAGGGUCACAUGACCAACGGGGGUAACAACCACAAGCUGGCCAGUACUGGCUUCACCGUUUUCUGCCUACUUGAGUUUGCAGUGCAGAAAGUGGAAUAUUCAGAAUUUAUAUAAUAUAUUUUUUUUUUGGAGUUCAAAUUUAAACAAUUAGUCAAGUCUCAAUUUGUCAUGAAGGUAAAAGUUGUAAAAUAAAUAAAUAAACGUGGCAGCUUUGUAGCAUCUUUACCCUGGACAGAGAUCUUACUAGUUUUAUAAGAAUACUGUUUUUUAAAGCAUAACCACAUAAUAUGCUACCUAUAGAAACGUUGCCUUUAUGAUGUGACUGUUGCUUCGCAGGUGGUAGCAUUCAGUUGACUGAUCUUCUCAUGUAUCUCUUGGCAAGAAAGUGAAGAGAUGUGUUUCCCAAAUUAUCAAGUGAAGAUUUACUUGGUUGAAUGUUUUCCAUGUUGCACACACAUGGGAUCUCAUUAAUAAAAAUAUAAUUUUAUCGAUGUUUAAUGUUCAUGUAUGCACAUUUCUGGAAUGAAGGCAAGCAAUAUUUUGUUUAAAUGGGCUUUGCUUAUUGAAAUGAGUGCUAAUGUGAAGCUUUUUAAAAUGUCAUGUCAGGGAAGAAGUUAAUAAAAAGAUUGAUGCUGGUUAGCUGGAGUGAAGUUGGUGGAGUGGAAAGAAUCCAGUCUGAAGUCAAAGAGAAAGAGGCAGCAUCAGGGUAAAUUAAAGGACAUGGGGGGUUCGAAAGUCUAAUGUCUAGAUGUCUAAAGUGGAGGCAUGAAAUCAAAGGACUUUGAGGGUUCAGUGUUGUGCCUAAUGAAAGCACUCAGUUAGAACAAAGUGGCUCAGGUUCAUAGAAGUGUGAUAAUCACCAAGUUCAAGUGAAGAUCUGAGGGCCAUGAAUCCAUAUCAAGUUUUGUGAUACAGGUUUCUUCAGUCAAUACUAUAGUCAAACAGUCUAACAUCAACAAUCUUGAAUACUGAUAUUGGAUGACUCUGCUUUCUACAUUGUCUACAUGUGGCAACUGCAGUAUGGUUAAGGUUACCAUUGCAGUACAAACAAGGUUAGUAAAUGUUUAUCAUAACUAGCCUUCCUUUUUCCCCAGGCUCUUGGGGCUGAUGAAGUCUUCGUCAACCAGGAGUUAAAGGAAUUGGUAAAAGGCACUAAAUUUGGUGCACUUAGUUUUUCCGUUGAGGAAAGUGACUAUAGUUGAAAGGUGGUUAUGGUUAAGGCUGUAGUACACGCCAACAGAACUGCCUGGCAGAUGUUUGACAGUGACCAAAUGACAAUUUCUGUAAUGUUCACACCCUGUACACGCUCUGAUUUGCCAAAUUAUGGGUAAAAGAACGUGCUGAAUCAUCCGUGGACAUCAUUUCUAUGGCUACUGGGCUUGAAAUGUGUUGCUUUAAGAUUUUAAUACUUUGAGGGGUUGAGCGAUUUGGCAUUUUAUAUGAUGACGAUAUGAUCAACUAUCAGAAAUGUUUCCACCAGCACUUAGCGAGAAAUA